AUGAUGACCCCAGACGCUCCAUUGCCCGCGGGUACCCUUUCGCGACCACUGGGUAACUUGGAAAUCUUCUUCAAAAAGCUCGCAGAUUUAGGUGCGCCCCUUCAACAUGAACAUUGGGCUGUCCAUCUGGCAUUGCGUCUCGACGUUGAAGUCGCAGAUCCGGAAGCGCACCUACGAAAGGCCUGGCAGAUCGUUGCCCAUCAACACCCCGCCAUUCGUUCCACCGUCAGCCCUGCUCGUAAAGAUGACGACGCAAAACCUUCGAAUGAUUUAUAUGUCGUGACGCCUUUUGACGCGGAAAGCUGGAUGAAGGAGACGUUUCGGGUGGAACGAGACCAUGAAGAUGCCAACGCGCUCUUUGCCACGCUUCGUCCAUCCGCUUUCACCAUGUGCUAUUGGCUACCGAGGUCUUCUGAGCUCGUCAUCCGAUCCUCUCACUGGCGUCUGGAUGGGAUUGGCGUACUCGGGAUCAGUUCAAUUUUCUUGAGCGCCUUCGCAGAAGUCUUGCAACACGGACCAGAUCAUGCUUUUCCCUUUUCCGGGGGUCUUCGGGGUCUCCUCGCCACGCCCACCCCGCUACCACAAAAUGUGGAAUUGCUUGCGACGAAGAAGACGAAGACGGAUCCGCAAAUACUGGACGUGGGUGCCGAUGCUCUCAUGGCCGAAUUCUUCAAGGGCGUUCCGAGCAUUGGUCUACCCACAACACCACAUUCGGAACAAGCUCUUCCCGGCUCCAGUGCGCGCGCUGAGGUGAUUCUCAAUGCUCGUCAGACGACCCAGGUCAUCAAUUCUCGUCGAGACCACGGAUUCAGCUUUACCGGCGCCGUGCAUGCUGCCAUCGUACGAGUGACGGCUGCCUUUCCUCAGCAUCCGCUCUCCAAAGCAUACGCUGCCUUCUUCCCCGUGGACCUACGCAAGUCCAUCACCGCCGUCACGUCUCUGCCUCACCAGGAGCUACUCUUUGGACUUUACUUUUCCGGACUCCCUAUAUGCCUGGAAAAUGCUGCUGCCAAGGGAUUUCAAGAGCUGGCCCGAGAAAUGACGACGGUGUAUAAUCGAGACCUGGAGGACUUCUGGAAGACUCCCAGUGGCGAAUCAGUUAGCAUGCUUCAGUUGGCAGAGCCAUAUUUAACGAGAACAACAGCUCUCUUUACGGCUCCUGUGCCACAGGAUUUUCCACCAACCCAAACUCCUGAUCUAAGCGGUCUCGGGAAAGUGGGACAACACUUGCAAAGUGAAUACCAAGCUAGUCCCGAGGCCCCGAAAAUCAAGGUAACUAGUAUGUGGCUGGCUACCGAGAUGCUCAACAGAAGUGUUCAGUUUCAUGUGUGGAGCUGGAAAGAAAAUUUACAUGUUGGUGCCUCUUUCAACCAGAGCUUUUAUGAGAAACCCUUCGUGGAAGACGUUCUAAAAAAAGUCGUAAGAGAACUUCUCGGUGGAUUGGGGAUUGAUGAAUGA